AUGGAUCAUCUGUCGUCUGGUCUCAUCGAAAUGACUCGUCUGCCACCACUUCCGACCCUCCGGGUUCAUCGGACCUCUGUCAAUCUGACUGGAGGCUGUUUCACAAUUGAUCUAGUGCCUGGUUCCCGCGUGGCUGACCGGCAACCGACCACAUCUUGGUACGGAAAGGAGCAUUUGCAGUCCCGGACCUCAAGCAUGCCUGAUGAGCCUCCUAUCAUCAAGCGAGUGAGUUUCGUGCUCUUCUCUGUAGAGGAUACAUUUAUCCCAACAUUCCAGCCAUUGCUUGUUAGUGCAAAGCGACUAUGCUCACAUAAAUUAUCUGUUUGCUGUUGA